AACUUAAAGACUCCGUCAAUGUUUCCAGCCGGGCGGUUUAGAGGACGAACCAGAACUGAGUAGGACUUUUCACUUAAUUAUUUAAAGUCAGUGGUCUAUUUUUUUGUACUCUGAUUUAAUUUGAAUUAGUACAUCCCAUGUUAAAAGCGGUAAAAUCGUGAGAGUAGGUUUCACUGGUGGGUUUAAAUGGCUGACAGGCUGAGCUAAGCUAACGAGUCAUGCUCCUGGUGGAUCCCGGCCUCUUCAUCGGCACUGCGGCCGACCUCAGCGACAGGCAGGCACUAGUCGAAGCAGCUGUCACUCACAUACUGUCUGUGGACUCUGUAAAUCCCACCCUUCUGCUACCUGCUGAUGGUGGCUUUCAUAGAAAGUGGGUGAACGUUUUGGAUGAAGCAACCUCUGAUCUCCUGAGUCACAUGGACGACUGCUAUGUAUUCAUUCAGGAGGCUGUGAAUGAAGGCCAGGCUGCACUCGUUCACUGCCAGGCUGGUCGGAGUCGCAGUGCCACCAUUGUGACUGCAUAUCUAAUGAAGAGAUACCAGCUGAGCUUCAGUGAGGCUUACCACAGACUGAAGAGAGUCAAACAGGAUGUCCAGGUCAACAGCAGUUUUGAGGAGCAGCUGUGUCUGUAUGAGGCUAUGCAGUGUGAAGUGGACACCUCCAGUCCUCUCUACAAACAAUACAGACUGACCAAGAUUACUGAGAAGUUCCCUGAGUUGCAGCAGGUUCCCAGGGAGCUGUUUGCUGUUGACCCCGCCCAUUCCAGCUCCUCUGAAGUAGCCUAUCGCUGCAGGAAGUGCAGACGAACUCUGUUCCGUGGUUCCAGUAUUCUCAGUCACCCAGUAGGAGAAGGAGCAUCAGCCUUUGGUCACAAGAAGUCCAGUAAUCUCACUGGAGGUGUCCAGUGUACAUCUUACUUCAUUGAACCAGUGCAGUGGAUGGAACAAGCUUUACUUGGAGUGAUGAAUGGACAGCUGCUCUGUCCUAAGUGUAGAUCCAAGCUGGGCUCAUUUAGCUGGUGUGGGGACCAGUGUUCAUGUGGUCGCUGGGUCACUCCUGCCUUCCAGCUGCACCGUAACAGAGUGGACGAAAUCCAACAACUGAACAUACAGAAAUAACCCCCCCACACACA